AAUUACAUGCAGCCAGCCGUAUAGCAGGCAAUAUACAUAGAUGGAUCGUUAUUGCACCAAUCUGCAUAUACCUUUGUAUUUGCGUUAUACAACUUAUUGACAACACUUACUCUGGUUUAUAACCACAUGGGGUUUUGGACACGGCUGAAAGAAGAUAUAUUGCGGGGCCUGGCACAUCCCAGCAUCCUGCUUGGUCCUCCUUUCCGGAGACCUUUAGCUGAGAGCAUCCCUUCUUCUUAGCAAAGGGGAGGGAGGAGAAAUGUUCCAAGGUCUGUGUAAUCUGCUCUCACUAUCUGAGGCUACCAUGGACCAUUGAGGCUGCUUCCAGUGGAGUCGGUGUUGCCUGGGGAUUUCUCUGAGUCACCUCUCCACUGAGAUACAGAGGGAAGGAGGAGCAGGUUGGAAACAUGGAGCUUGUGGUUUAUGCUCGUACAGGCAGCAUCUUGCUGGUGCUGUUACCCUGCUUCCUGCCAGUCACCGGGCAAGUGGCCAUUAAGUUACCCCUGAAGAACUGCCCAGGAACCUGCUCGCCUAUGGCAUACAGAGCCAAGCGCUCAGCGGAGAAAGGCAUGGAGCUGGACACCAAUUUCCUGGAUAUGAUAGACAACCUUAGGGGAAAGUCUGGACAAGGGUAUUAUGUGGAAAUGAGGGUUGGUACUCCCCCCCAGACGCUAAAUAUUUUAGUGGAUACCGGCAGCAGCAAUUUUGCUGUGGGCGCUGCUCCUCACCCCUUUCUAAAGAGAUAUUAUCACCGGCAACACUCCAGAACAUACAGAGACGUUCGAAGAGGGGUGUAUGUUCCUUACACCCAGGGGAAGUGGGAAGGUGAGCUAGGCACAGAUUUGGUAACAAUUCCACACGGCCCCAAUGUUACUGUCACAGCGAACAUUGCUGCCAUCACUGAUUCAGACAAAUUCUUCAUCAAUGGAUCCAACUGGGAGGGCAUCCUGGGGCUUGCAUAUGCUGAAAUUGCAAGGCCGGAUGACACCCUUGAGCCAUUUUUUGACUCCCUUGUGAAGCAGACCAGAGUACCUAAUAUUUUCUCCCUUCAGUUGUGUGGAACAGGAUUCCACUUUAAUGAAAGUGACACAAGUGCUUCUGUGGGGGGAAGCAUGGUAAUUGGCGGUAUUGACCCAUCUCUGUACAUUGGCAGUAUCUGGUACACACCAAUUAGAAAGGAGUGGUAUUACGAGGUCAUCAUAGUGAAAAUUGAAAUCAACGGGCAAGACCUACAUAUGGACUGUAAAGAGUACAAUUAUGACAAAAGCAUUGUAGAUAGCGGUACCACUAACCUGCGCUUACCAAAGAGAGUGUUCGAUGCAGCAGUCAAAUCUAUUAAAGCAGCAUCCUCGACAGAAAAAUUCCCUGAUGGCUUCUGGUUGGGGGAGCAGUUGGUCUGUUGGCAGGAGGGCACCACCCCAUGGCACAUAUUCCCUGUUAUUUCUUUAUAUCUAAUGGGCGAGGUUGCUAACCAGUCUUUCAAGAUCACUAUCUUGCCACAGCAAUAUUUGCGUCCUGUGGAAGACAUUGCCACAGCUCAGGAAGAUUGCUACAAGUUUGCAGUGUCCCAGUCCACCACUGGAACCGUUAUGGGUGCUGUCAUUAUGGAGGGCUUUUAUGUUGUGUUUGACCGUGCUAACAAACGCAUCGGAUUUGCUGUUAGCACCUGCCAUGUGCACGACUAUUUCCGUACGGCUUCUGUGGAAGGCCCAUUUUUUGCCUCUGACCUUGAGGACUGUGGUUACAACACCCCCCAGCUGGACGAGUCAGCAUUGAUGACGACAGCGUAUGUGAUGGCUGGCGUUUGUGCGCUCUUCAUGCUUCCUUUAUGCCUCAUGUUAUUUCAGUGGCGCUGCUUCCGCUGCUUAAAACGGGCAAGAGACGAUUUGGCCGAUGACAUCUCUUUACUAAAGUGAACAAUUUCUGCUUCCACUCCCUGUCUGGCUCCACUCAAGGAGCAGCAGCAUUUAAUGACCUAACCGAAGGGGACCUGUACAGCCUGAGCACUUUCUGCAAAUACAAUACUAACAGGAACUGUCAACUGGUGCAGUAGGGAGGUAGCAAGACUCAGAUAAUGUGAGAUGAACCAGAGCAGACUCAUAAACUGCCUAUUACUCCUAAGCAACUAAAUGAUUUAAAGGCAUUUUUAAGCUGAAUACAGGAUGAAGAUGCAAAGUUUUAAAAAUACAAAGCCAUAUUGCAAAUACCAUGCAUUUUACCGGGGGCAAGUUUCCAAUUGCUGCUUUUAGGGAGCAUUUUCUUUAUUAUCUUAAUGUAACAAAAAGAUGUAAGACAGAUGUGAAAAACACUGGCAGAGUGACAGCAGGAUGGAACAGGGAAAUAACAGGUUAUGGUUUAUUUGUUUUAUUUAUUAUUUUCUUUCUUAGUAGGGUAAGGAAGUAAGAUGGUGGUCUUUGGUCUUAUUCAUUUAUGAUUUAUCACUUGCAGUGGUGGGAUAAAGAACUCCUGUGGAGCAUUCAUGAAAAUAAAUUGCCUUCCUGUUAACUCAAGGGUAAUUAUACAACUGUUUUUAAGGAUAGGUUUAAAUAAUAACAAAAAUGUAAGGAGGCUAUUAUAAGCUAGGAAAGAAACUAAAGAAGGUUUGUGUGAAUUAGGUAAUAGAGUUACACAUUCCAUGAUCUGUGCCAGUGUAGGAACCCUGCACUCAUCAGUCACAGAGAGUGUAAAAACAAGUUCUUCAUUUCAAUGAUUUGAAAUACACUUUACUUAUGUAACUCAGAGUGAGGAAAAUACUUACUCUUAACCCAGUCCUCCCAAUUUUGGCCAAAGGAAAUGUAACUACAUGUAUGGCUGCCUAUGUUAGCUUUAAAGGGGAUGCUCACCUUCAGACAAAAGGAGGAGGACUUGGCUGCAGGCAAAAAAAAA